UGGCGGCAGAGUGACUUCACGCACCUGGCAACAGAGCAGAGAAGACAGCAGAGUGACAGAAGCCCUACACCUUCACACCUUUCCUGGCACCUUUUUGGCAUCUUCCUAAGCACCUCAUCUGCCUCCUCACAGGGCUGGAAAAUGCCUGACUACGUGGAGACCAACUUUGACGAGCGCAGCGGCUUUGUACCCUGCGUGACGGAAUGGGGUCGCUGGUGGCAGACUGUGGCAGAGGUGCACGUGGAGGUGGAGCUGCCGGAGGGGACGCGGUCGAAGGCAGUGCAGGUGGAGGUGCGGCCAUCCCACAUUAAAGUGGUGGUGCUGGGGGCCGUGGUCUUUGAGGGCACACUGUACGGAGUGGUGCGGGCAGAUGAGACAGUGUGGACAUUGGAGGACAAGAAGCUGCUGCACAUAGCCAUGACCAAAGCGGACGCGUGCACCAAGGAGACCCUGUGGGAGGGCCUGCUCACCGACCGCUUCCUGGCCGAUCCCUUUGUGCAGCUUGAGAUGCGGAAAAAACUGGACCUUGAGCACUUCCAGAUGGAGAAUCCAGGGUUUGACUUCAGCGGGGCCACUCUGAAGAAGGGAUACGACAAGGUGCCCAAUUCCGUCCUGCAGAAGUGGGAGGAACAGCAGACACAGGAUAAGCAGGAGGAGGAGAAGAAGAAGGAGGAGCAGGAUUCCCAGCCAGUGAGCAGUGAGGGCAGCUGAGGCAGGAAAUGUAGCCUCUGUGUUCCCUAAUGUCUGUCUGUACCUUGUGUCAUGGUGAUGGAAUUUUUUGCUGUCCAUGGGAUGACUUAAUGCAACUGCCAUUCAUUUUUGUUGUGCUUAUAGUAGAGUAUGGUUGGGUUCACACACACACACACACAUGCACACACACAGAAAAUACAUAUGUGAGGAAAUAUAUUAGUAGUAAAAUCAAUAUCUGAGGAAAGAGAUAAAAGGAUGAAAGGAUGAAAUGUACAAAAAGAAAAAAAUAAUAUGUAGAAAAAAAUAUCUGAAGAAAACUAGAAAAAAAAAAAGAAAGUUGUGAACGGUUAAUUUCUAAGUAAAGAAAAAAGUGAAAAGUGUGAAGGUUAAGAAAAGAACAAUAACACAGACACACGAAGGGCAGAAACACGUCAAUAUCCAAGGGGCAAUUGGUGUUGGUGAAGCAAACCAGCAGAGAAGUGUUCAAUAAUUUGUACUUGACUCAAUGUACAAAACUGUGAAGCCAACCCUAACACAUCCACAGUCUUCAGUUGCACUCACAUGUACACAAUGACGCAAUAAACAAUAUAAUGUA